UAAUACCAGGACCAACGUUGCCCAUCCCUCGGGCAGUCUCGUAUUUGGUGUGAGAUGUUGAUGGAUCAAUGUGUUUCAUGCCAAAUGCAACAGUUGGUAACAACCCUGUGAUUAAUUGCCGGGGCUCCACCCUAACGACUGCUUGAUUGCCUUUGAGUGUGAAAUCAACCUGUUCUGAAUUAUUAAGAGCAUUUAAAUAACACUGGCAGAUGAUUUAAAGUUAAGCUGUAGAGCAGGGGAACAGUGUGAAUUUUAAAGUACUGCUGGGUUUUGAUGAUUGCUCUUCAUGGCUGUGAGAGAGAUUUGUGUUUGGAAAGGGCUUAUUUUAGCCCUUUUCCUCUUUGCUGUUGAAGGACAGAAAAGGCCGUUAUUCAUGGUGACGUUCCCUGCAGUGAUUGAGUCUGGAUCUGAUGCCAAAUUGUGUGCAACUCUUCUGAACCCCCAAGAGAGCCUCACCGUGACUGUUUCUCUGCUUGAUGAUAAAAAUGGGAUAACUAAACUUGUGCAGCAGAGCUCUUUAAUGCCGCUUCAUCGCUGCUUUAGUUUCAAGGCUCCUCGAGUAGAUGGAGAAUCGGUGCAAAAUCUGAAGGUAGAAGUUCAAGGGAAGGUCUUCAGUGCAACCGAAGAGAGGAAAGUCAUGUUCAGACAUUACCUACCUUUGACCUUCAUCCAAACAGACAAACCCAUCUACAAUCCAGGACAAACGGUGAAUUUCAGAGUUGUCACCAUGGAUGCCAAAUUUGUGCCUCUUGAUCAGAUGUACAAUCUGGUCGUGGUGGAGGACAAUAAAAAUAACCGGAUUGGUCAGUGGACAAACGUUUCCUCAACGGGGUGGAUAUUGCAGCUUUCUCAUGAGUUGAACCCAGAGGCUCAGAUAGGGAUGUACACAUUAAAGGCUUUUAUUGGCGACCGAAUGAUCUCCCAGGUUUUUGAGGUGAAAAAAUAUGUUUUACCCAAGUUUGACGUGACCGUAAACUCAUCACAGACAUACAGUGUUGCAGAUGUGGGACUGAAAAUUGAGGCUUGUGCCAAAUACACGUAUGGCCAACCUGUACCUGGUCAAGCACUAGUGGAAGUGUGCCGUGAUCCAUUUCCAUAUGUUCCAGGCGUGACCCGUCUGUGCCUGAGUAAAACCGCAAAGAUGAAUGCCACGGGCUGUGCCUCCAUUACCAUCGACACGUCAGUGUUUUUCAACACCAAAUUUGAGAAUAGUCUUCAAGAUUUGUUUGUUGUUAGUGCAAACGUCACUGAGGAGGGAACAGAUGUAGUCAUGUCAAAAUCUGCAACCGUGUCCAUUACGUUUGAGGUUGGCAAGGUCACAUUUGUGGACCUCCCAAAUUAUUUUGAACCUGGAACAGCGAUUAAUGGGAAGAUAACAGCGUCUCGUUUCGAUGGGACUCCAGUUGCAAACAAAGCUGUGUAUCUCCUUGAUGGUAAUGGCAACAAACUGCUGCUAAAUCUGACCACAAACCAGAACGGACUGGUCACAUUCUCUCUCAACACUGCUAAUCUUCCUAAAGCGGAUCUGAAUCUGGUGGCAAGUGUGACUCCAGGGUUUGUUUAUAGCUACAAAUCACCAUACUUCACUACAGAUACAAGGGGGGUUCGGCUUCUCCAACCCGGUUCUUCCAACAACCCAUCACUUAGUGAACUGACUAUAGUGACACUUGAGCAGCCACUCAAAUGUGGUGCUACUUUUCCAGUGACUGUGAAAUAUUCUUUUGUUGGAGAGUCUGGUGACUACAGUGCUGACAUUGUCUAUAUGGUCUUGUCCAGAGGCGUGAUCGUCCUCCAUGGGUUUCAGACAGUCACAGCAAGGGCUUCUAAUAAAGUCACGAGCGGCUCCGUGUCGUUCCAGCUGGCUGUCAGUGUUGAUAUGGCUCCAGCAGUGCAGAUUCUGGUCUACUGUGUUCUGCCCAGUGAGAAUGUAGUUGUUGUUAGUGCAUCUUUUGACACUGAAGCAUGCUUCCAAAACAAGGUGUCUUUGCAGUUCUCUCCAGCUACAGCUGUUCCUGCUGAGAGAAACGUUCUGACGGUCUCUGCUCAAGCAGGAUCUCUUUGUGGCCUCAGCGCUGUAGAUCAGAGUGUCUGGAUAUUGGAGCCAGGAAGACGUCUGAGUGCUAAAAUGGUGUUUGACUUGCUCCCAGUGCAAUCACUCUCGGGUUACCCAUACAGUGUUGAUGAUGAACUGGAGUGUCUAGGUACUUUUCGAGCCCGUCGAGCUCUUAGUCGUCCAAAUCCUGACUACAUUGUCCAUCCAAAUCCUGACUACAUUGUCCCUACAAAUAAAGCUUACACAACCUUCAAGAGCCUGGGAAUGAAGGUCGCAACAAAUCUCGCUGUACGACCCCCUCCGUGCUGGCUGUAUCCCAGCUUCCCCAGAUUCCCUGAAGCCUUGGAAAUGAUUGAUGCGGUUGACUUGGUGGCUCCUGCUCCUCCAGAAGCCGGAAGUGCUGGAGACAAGCACUCUGUUAAAGAAACUGUCAGAUCUUACUUUCCAGAAACAUGGAUCUGGCAGCUUGCUCAAGUGGGAGCUACUGGAUCCACACAAGUUUCCCUCACGGUUCCUGACACCAUCACCACAUGGGAGACGGAGGCGUUCUGUCUGUCCUCUAAAGGUCUCGGUCUGGCUCCUCCUGCUCUGCUGACGGUCUUCCAGCCCUUCUUCCUAGAGCUCUCCCUGCCGUACUCCAUGAUCCAUGGGGAGACUUUUGAGCUGAAGGCCACAGUCUUCAACUAUCUGUCCAAGUGCAUCAUGGUUAAAGUAACUCCAGCUUCAUCCACUGCCUUCACUCUUGUAGCAUCUAAUGAGCCGUAUUCAUCCUGUCUCUGUGCUAAUGGGAGAAAGACCUUUAAAUGGGUUCUCACAGCUUCUGUUCUUGGAGCUGUCAAUGUGACGGUCAAUGCUUCAGCUGAACCGUCCCGUUCUCGAUGUGGCACUGAAGCCGUGACCGUGCCGACAAGAGGACUUGUUGAUGUAGUCACUCGAAGUCUACUUGUUCUGGCUGAAGGAGUUGAGAGGACAAACACCCAGAGUUGGUUAUUGUGUCCAAAGGGAAGCGUUCUUUUGGAAGAUGUGACUCUGACAUUUCCAUCAAAUGUGAUUCAGGGAUCAGCCAGAUGCUCUGUUUCAGUCCUUGGGGACAUAAUGGGUCGUGCACUGAAGAAUCUGGACAAGUUAUUACAGAUGCCAUCUGGCUGUGGAGAACAGAAUAUGAUUGAUCUUGCUCCCAAUAUUUACAUCUUGCUGUACUUGGAAGCCACGGGGCAACUCACCGCAACCAUCCGUGAGACCGCCAUAGGCUACCUUCAGAGCGGAUACCAAGGACAAUUGAACUACAGGCAUGAAGAUGGUUCAUUCAGCACAUUUGGUUAUGAUGAAUCAAAUACAUGGUUGACUGCCUUUGUCCUGAGGACUUUUGCUCUAGCCAGGCAAUUUAUCUUCAUUGAUCCACAUGUCCUGCAGAGUGCAAAGGAUUGGUUGAUCAGCAAGCAGGGUUCAGACGGUUGUUUCAUUCAGCAGGGAACUCUGCACCACUAUGACAUGAAGGGUGGAGUUGGGGACAGCGUGACCAUGACUGCCUACGUUGUUGUAUCAUUGCUUGAACUAGGUGUCCCCGUCACGGAUCCUGUCAUCACCAACGCUCUUUCAUGCUUGAGGCCUGUCGUUGGGAACCUGGGAAACCCUUACGCCACUGCUCUGCUGGCCUACACCUUCAGUCUUGCUAGAGAGACCAGCACUCGAUCACAGCUUCUAACUGCCUUAAACAACAAUGCCAUUUCUGAAGGCACUAAGCUCCAUUGGUCUCAGACUUCAUCUGGUGAUACUCUGGCGGUGGAGAUCAGCUCUUAUGUGCUGCUAGCGGUUCUCACUGAACAGCCUCUCUCAGCGGCUAAUCUGGGAUAUGCUAAACUCAUUGUCAACUGGCUUGUGACCCAGCAGAAUCCCUAUGGAGGCUUAUCCUCCACCCAGGACACUGUGGUGGCUCUUCAUGCCCUGUCUGUGUAUGCUGCUAAAGUGUUCAGCGUGGACGGCUCCAGCACUGUUACUGUACAGUCCUCCGUGGCAGGAGAGUCUUAUAGCUUCACAGUGAAUCGGGACAACAGGCUGCUGUAUCAGGAGAUGCCGCUGAAGAACGUUCCUGGCAAAUAUAUUGUUAAAGUCACCGGAUCCACUUGUGUAUCUGUGCAGGUUGCAUGUUUCUACAACAUCCCGACACCCGUUAAAGUCACCAAAUCGCUGAGUGUUGAAGCAAAGGUGAAGGCAGACUGUCGACCACUUGGAGCCAAUCUUGUGUUGAGCUUCACGGUGAAGUACAAUGGUGCAAAAGCAAGCACUAACAUGGUUAUUGUGGACAUUAAGCUCCUGUCUGGCUUUACGGCAGAUACGUCACUGCUGGGAUCUUCACCCCAAACAUUCGCCCCACUAGUUGAGCGGGUUGAUGCUGGAGAUGAUCAUGUCCUAGUGUAUCUGAAAGAGGUUCCCAAAGGUGUCCCCAUGACUUAUACUUUGAAGCUGAAUCAGGUUCUUGCAGUGAAAAAUCUCAAGCCGGCGGUCAUCAAUGUUUAUGACUACUAUCAGACAAGUUUCCAAAGGUGUCCCCAUGACUUACACUCUGCACCUGAAUCAGGUUCUUGCAGUGAAUAAUCUCAAUCCAGGGGUCAUCAACGUUUAUGACUACUAUCAAACAAGCGAUGCGCUUGAGACC